UUACACAUUCAAGCCGUGAUGAAGGCUCAAUCAGUGAUUGAUGGUUAGAUAGCCAUAGUAACAUCUGCAGACUGUGAUAGACUAACAAUGGCUGAGGAUCGUGGUGCAUUUCGGACUGGUUUCCGAAGAGCGGAACUUCUUCGAGUGCAAAAGGAGAUUGAGAACAUCAAAAAGAGAUCGCAAAAAGAAGCUGAAACUUCCAAGGAGCAACAAAAAGAGGCAGAAGAAGGAAAGAAUCAUGUGAUAAUCAGCAACAAGGUCAAGAAUGUAGAAUUGGCUUUGGAUUUCGGGAAGAAAGGAAUGCCCUAUGUUCGAAAGACUGAACCCCACUUUGAGGAAAACUUUAUCAACCAACCAUCACACGUGCAAAAACCUGUACCUGGAAGUUUGCCUUUGUACAACCCCCUAGAUAAAGAAUGGGCUGCUCCACCAAGUGGCACAACAAAGAAAAAUCCAUAUUGCAAGGAUAAUACCAUUACCACUGCAGAGAUGCAAAAGCCACAAGCAAAGACUAUGGGUGUCUUGCCAUCACGCAGCACCAAAGACAUUGAAAGUCUUAAAUUCAGGAUGCAAGGCAAGCCAGCGAUGGUCAAACCAGAAUCUGAGAUCAAAGCUAUUGAAAAGGCUAAUUUAGAUUCGUACCGUGGGCCUCCUACCUCGGCUAACACAAGAUUAGAUUCCAAUCAGCAAGAAGACCUGACCCAGGAGGCUGCAGCACUACAAGAGAAGCUUCCCAGACCAGCUAUCAUCGGCAAAGCAGGAACCCUUGCACCUGUCAUGUUCUCACAACGAGCCAAACCACCCCCUAGGCCAACAUCCAGAAGCAGUGUUGAUACACCCAGGAAGAAGAUUAAAAAGCCCAUCAAAAGCAGCAAGAAGAGCAUUAAGAAGACACAGUCGGGAGCAAGUUCUCCUUGGGAAGAUGCAGACUCAGAAGACUCUAGCUACUUGAGUGAUGAGAGCGAAGAUCUCACCAAGAGUAGGUCUAGUUCCAAGACUACCACUCACAAGGGAUCCAAAAAGGCAAAGUCUUCAAGGCUAGGAUCUGCAGGAUCUGCCAGCUCUCGGAAGUCAGCAAGUGAGCUCCUGGCAGAAGCUCAAGACAUUGCUGGGCAUGAUAGCUUACCAAUCUAUAAGAGGAGGCAGCAAUCUAAGCAUGAUAGAUCCUUGGAGAGGAGAGGAUCAAAGAUGAAGGUGAUUGAAGUAGAGAGAGAAGAGUCUCCUAAGGAAAGAUCGGUAGAUGACAUCAUCUCAUCACUCAAGGCUGCCAGGGAAUCCGGUGGCAUCAAAUCAGAAGCAGACAUCAAGAUCCAACAGAUUAUGCAGAGAGUCCUAUCUCGUACUGCAGCAGCACUAGAAACAGAAGAGGAGUCUGCAGUUGGGAUGGACCAGGAGGACGGGGAGGCGGAGAGAGUGGAGGAUGACAGAGGGGUUAAUGUUACCGAACAAGAAAGUAAACUAGAUGUGAAGGACAGCAUGCCAGUUAUUCAUGUAUUCGAAAGCAGCAGCCAAGUUUCCAUAGGGCUGUCAGAUCAUGACACCCCAGCUUUAAAAAUAGAAGAUUCAACAGAACUUCAACAGGCAAGCACAGAAUCCCUCCCUAAAGUUGACCAGGACAGAGUAUCAACGGCUGACACUAAAGUUACCAAUGGUGUAACGGAGGAUGAGCAGACGGCCUCAGACAGCAAAGAAGCAACCACUAAACCCUCAGUGGAAUUCAAAGAUGAAGCUGAUGAGAUACUUUGGGAGGAAGAGAUGGAUCUACAGCAGGCAUGGAUGGACUUACAAGUUCCCUUAGAUGUCACAUAUGAAGAGAUUAUGAAUGUUGAAGGAGAAUCGCAGCCGAUUAUACCAAGGAAGGAUGCUCGAAUGGGAGGCAGUAGAGAUGUACUGGCCAAGCCAACUGUACAAAGCUCGUCUGUAUCAUUUGUAUCAAGUUGGGCUCCUCAAGAGAAGCUGCCAAGAGAUGAGGAGAGAGUUAAUGAGGUACAAGCCGAUGAAUAUCGUACAAGCAUCCAUCAUUUCUGUACUAUCCCUGCCCAGCUUCCCAUCCCUGGUAGUCUGCAGCUAACAACACGAAUGUAUCAUACACCAAGCAAGUAUGUAAGCUCAACGAGGAUCCAACCCACACCAGAAAGAGAGCAAAGCCUGUCAGAAAAGUCUUACACCAAGACCUUAAGGGCCACAAACUCCCACAGUCAAAGCAAAGUCAGCUCUGAGAGGACUACACAGUUUGCUUUAGACCAGCAGCAGCGAUUAAUGUCAGCUGCUGCACAAAGAAUACUCAGAGAAGCUGAAGGGACAUCUGGUAUGGAGACUUUAGAGGCAUGGGAGAAAAGAGCGCAGCAAGUUUUUGAUGAUGAAGAAAUGGAGAUUGCAGGUCGACGAAUGCCUAUUAAGCAAGAUCAAUCACGUCUGUACUGGACGCCAGCCCCACCUAAGAUGGACCUACCUUCUACUUACAUCCGUAGCACCCUAUACCCGGAGUUCCAGGGGACGAUGCUUGAUAAAGACAUUGAGCAGCAGGUAUCUAUUGGUGAUGAAGAAGACGAGGAUGGAGACAGUGAAGAUGGAGGAACUGCAGAGGAAAGACAUGAAGGAGAUAAGAUUAUAAUGAGGCCAAUAGAACACCAACAUAGGUCUUGUGAGGACCUUAGUCAACUUGGACGGCUUAAGAGAGAUUCAGCAAUUAAAGCUAAUUCACUAACUCAACAGAGGCCAGUGACAACAAAAGAAGGUGAUAGAGUGGUGUCAUCUAAAGAUGGGGAAUCCCCUCAAGUGGUUGUACCAACGACCCCUGCAAGGUCAAGCUCAGGUAAUGCUAGCCUGGCCUCUGAUGAUACCAUCACCAAUACACUAGUCCAUGUGAGAUCAUACACGAGUGUGAGUGAAAUGAGACGUAAAUACUCUCAAGUAACGACCUCCACUAAGGAAGAUCCAGAAUCAGAAGAUAGUGAGAGAUUCUUGAAGACAGUGGAUCACCUUGACGAUGUGAUUGAUAAAAUCCAACCAAUCAGGCGUACCCACUCAGCCCCAACCUUAACGGAUGAGUUUAACACUCUGGUUCUUGAUGCUGAUUUUGGAGCAUGUAUGGAUGAAGUGGAGAAACAACAACAGAAGAUUGAAGAUGCUAAAGCUUCAAUACUACUAGGUUCAGAUGAAGAAGACAGUCAAGAUAUCAUUGGUGAUGUGCUUGUUACCAUGGCAAGGAUGACACCCCAGUCUUCCUCACCCAAUACCAGUGUCCAAAAAGCAUCUUCUCCGACCUUAGCAGAGAAAGCUAGAGCAGCCGGUAUGAAGUACGUCUUAUAUCCUAAACACAGAGGGAAAAAGAAAAGAAAACCACUUGAUCCGCGCCGUUUGAAUGAAAUAGAAGCUUUCCUAAAACAAGAGCCAAGGAAAUUGUCAAGGGCUGAAAGUCUUCCAAAAGUCAAGAUGCCUGUUCCACUACAGUUGAGAGUUCCUCCGAAAGUACGGUCACAUAGAAGAGGUAGUCUUCCUGAAUUACUGGACUUUGAAGAGUUUGUUCAAGAGAAGAAAGACAAGGAUGAGCCAAACUCUAUCCGUGAGUGGGUUCGUGGUAUCUGGGAUGCAUGGUUUGAUGAGGUCUUCCCAUCCUCGGAUGUCGACAGUGAAUCAGAUUUUGAGGAAGAAUUAUCACCGGUAAUCUCUCCAACAAAAAGGCGUGUUUCCGGGGCUAGUAGUGCUGCUUCCGUUGAGAUAGACAUCAUUCAACCUAUCAUGGAGACUGAAGAUGAUAGAGAUAUUGUGGAGUGGUUACAUGAAGAGGUUUUACAGUUGACUGAAAUCAUAGAGAGAGCUGAGAAACCAUCACCCUUUGAUCUCUGUAGACGAGGAGCCAUGUAUCGCAAGCUUGGUAAACUGAAGCAAGCUUGGGAAGAUUUAAACAGAGCUAUCCUGUUGGAGCCUCAACUUCUUGAUGCUUACUGGCACCGUCAUCUCCUCUACCUCCUUCGUCAUAAAUCAACCAAAGCUCUAGAAGAUCUUAAUACCAUUCUUAAGAUUAAUAAAGAACAUGUUGGUGCUUACAGAUCCAGAGCUGAGAUAUUUCGUCAGAGAGGUGAUGUGACGAUGGCCAUCAUGAAUUAUUCACAGACUAUCAAGUUGGAUCGCAAUGACCAUGAGGCAUACUAUAAAAGAGCUGAAAUGUAUGAAAAGCGUGGUGAGAUGUUAUUAGCAUUGGAGGAUUACAGAGAGGUGACAAGAUUGAUGCCAAGUAAGACAGAUGCAAUCUUCAAGAGGGGUAUCUAUCAGUUCAAUAUCAAUAAGAACUGGAUGGCAGCAAUCAAAGAUUUCACUGAGUUAUUGAGCCAGGAACCAGCCAAUGCCUUAGCAAGGACCUAUCGAGGCCGUGCUCAUGCUAAACAUGGACACUUUGUACAAGCUGUAGAAGACUUAUCAUCAGCUAUACAUCUAGAUCCUCUCAGUAGUGUAGCUUUCUAUCAUCGAGGUUGUCUGCUCAGAAGGGCUAACCCUAAACAAGCAUUGCAAGACCUGAGUGUAUCAGUUCUACUUGAUGAUAGUGAAGAUAAUGUCAUGGCAUUCUUCCAUAGAGCUGUGCUGUAUAUGGAUGAUAAUAGAUAUGAGGAUGCUAUUGCAGAUUUUGAGAAUGUAUUGAAGCUGGAUAAGACAAUUGCUGCAGCUCAUGUCAACCUUGGCCUGAUCUUCAUGACGAAGCUGGAAAACUACCCCAAAGCCAUCCAGAAGUUCACAAGUGCAGUGAAAGUAGAUCCAAUUUAUGUGCGUGCUAUAGUGUGUAGAGGAGAGGCCUACCACAAGAUUCAUGACCUGAAGAAUGCUCUUCUUGAUUUCACAAGAGCAAUUCACCUCCGCCCAGAUCGCCAACAAUAUUACAUGUACAGGGGGGAGAUCUUGUUAGAGAUGAAGAAUCUUGAGCUUGCCAGCUUCUGUGUCAGACAUGCUGCUGAGCUGAGUCAUGGUCUAGGCUCAUCUGCUACUCAACAAGCAGCUGUACAGUCAUUCCUUCAUAACUACACUAAGGCCAUCAAUGUACUGUCUACAGCAGCUAGAUCUCAACCCUCUGCUCCUCUGUUUAUCCUGCUGGGCAAGACACAGAUUAAGGCUAAGAAAUAUAAGGAAGCUGUGGACAGUCUGGAGAAGGCACUCAACUUCAUGAAACCUUGGCAGGAGCGUCAUACUUGGCCCAUGGAGGCUGCUGAAGUGAAUUAUCUGAUUGGUAUGUGCCACACCGAGAUUCCCAAUUACCUCAAGGCUUAUGAAGCAUUCAAUAAUGCCAUAAAAAUCAACACUGACUAUCCACAGGCUUACUACCAGCGAGGUUUAACUCGUAUGAAGCUCCGUCAGUCUAAGGGUAUUCUGGACUUCAACCGGGCACUUGCUUUAGACCCUAAGUUGUUCCAAGCCUUUCUCAGUCGAGCUGCUUACUAUGGUAUGAAAGGUCGCUACUCAAAAGGAAUUGUUAACUGUAACGAGGCCAUCAAGCUACAACCUAAUAGCGUCAGGGCUUACUUAUACAGGGGUGCUUUGAAGUAUUACAUCUUAGCCUAUAAGCUAGCCAUUAAGGAUCUAUGUCAAGCCAUAGAGAUUGAUAAUACAUGUUCCUUGGCGUACUUCAAUCGUGCUGUAUGUUACCAUACUACCAAGGAUUACAGUAAAGCAUUGAGAGACUAUGGCAUUGUGCUAAUGCUGGGAGAGGCCAAUGCUCUAAAGGUUCUGAUCAAUAGAGGCUUGAUGUACUUUGCUCAGAGAGAUUACAUGAAUGCUAAGGAAGACUUUGCUCAAGCUGUAAAGAUGGAUCCAAGAGAUCCCAAGAUAAGACACACGCUCGGACUUUGCUGCCACAAACUAAACCGUCUGGAAGAUGCUGUGACAGUCUUCACAUCUGCUUUAGAGGUGGAUAUUUUCUUCCUGGAUGCGUACAUCGGUCGAGGCAAUGCCUUUAUGGACUACGGACAUGAGAUAACCAAUCAGAUGGCAAGGCGUGAUUAUGAGAGAGCGCUUCAUCUUGACCCUAAGUGUCUACCAGCUAGGGUCAAUCUUGCCUAUAACCUUCAAGUCUCUGGUCAUUUCCAGCAGGCAUGGAACCAGCUCACAGCUUGUUUAGAAGUUGAUCCAAAUUACAGGCCAGCCUUAGAGGGUCGUGCUGUUGUCUGUCUCCAGAUGAGUGAUACCUUUGCUGCAUUUUUGGAUCUCAACGCUGCCUUGAAGCUGAAACCGACUGCCGAGUUAUACACAAACCGUGGUGUUGUCAAUCAGUUUAUGCAGGACCAUCAUAAUGCAAUGAGAGAUUACCAGUCGGCAAUUAAACAAGAUUCAACGUAUGCCUUGGCGUACUUUAAUGCUGCUAAUUUGUACUUCCAUAAUCGACAGUUUAGACAGGCAGUGGAUUUCUAUACCAAGACGUUGGAGCAUAAUCCAAAGGAUGAGUCAGCUGUUCUCAACAGAGGAAUAACAAAGGUACUGAUGCGUGAUGCUCGUGGUGCGCUUGAAGACUUCCAGCUAGCUGUUAAGAUGAGCCCUCUGUCUGCCCAUGUUUACUUCAACAGAGGCAACCUUUAUGCCUCCCUGCGCAGAUAUGAACUAGCAGAAAAAGACUACUCGGAAGCUCUCAAAUUGCAGCCUGAUGACCCUCUAGUUCACAAACGCAGGGCAGAAGUACGAGGUAAAAUUGGCAGACGGGCGGAUGCAGUCAAAGAUUACAAGAGGGCGAUUGAACUCCAGAGCAAGAAGCAUCCGAGGUUGUAGAAAUGAUGAAAUUAAACCUCUAUAAACGAUGGAGUUGCAAAGCUUGUAGCUUCAGAUGAAAUUAAACCUCUAUGAACGAGGGAGUCGCAAAGCUUAUCUAGCUUUGAAUAUGCUGAUCAAGUUCCAAGGGAACCAAGUUAACAACAAUUGGGAAAAAAUAUAAGUUUUGGGGAUUAUUAUUGAUAUUGAAUGAUUAGUUAAUCGAGUCAAAUUGCUUUAUAAUACACCACAUGAAAAGGUACUAUUUUCGUUUAAGCCGAACA